AUGCCCUCCCAGCUGCAUUCGAUUCCAGGAGGGACAUUUGCACUAAAGAUCAUGGGAUUUCUGAUGUUGGUACUGAUGCCAUUGUCUGUGACUGUGUGCAAGGUUCUCAUUGUCAAAUGCCCUAUCAGAGACCCCCUUCCUAUUCAACACAAGUACUACCAAACUGGAGACCUCGUCAUUGCUGGCAUUAUAUCCCAGAUCUACAUGUUUAUCAAGCCGAUCACUUUCAAAAAGCAUGGCAUCUUUGAGGAACUGUUUGAUGACUAUGUCCAUUUCACAUCAAGUUGGACCUAUCUUGCCUCAAUGGAACUUCUUUCCACACGGGGCAGAUUCAUCCCCAAUUAUAAGUGUGACACGUGGAACAAUCCAGUCGCAGUCAUCACAGGACCAAACUCUGAAAUCUGUCUUCCUUCAGCAAACAUCCUGUACACCUACAAGAUCCCACAGGUCUUGUAUGGAUCUUCUCCAAUAACUGACAACACAAUCCAAUCGGUUUUCUUGCACCGCCUGUUUCCAAAUGAGGCCCAUCACAAUAGGGGGAUUCUCCAUUUACUGCUGUAUUUCGGAUGGACAUGGAUUGGGGUGAUUCCUCUAGAUGAUGAAAAUGGAGAUCGGUUUGUACAGCAUAUGACUCCCAUGUUUGCCCAAAAUGGUAUUUGCAUUGACUUCAUAAAAAGAUUCCCAGCAUUGACAUUUUCCAGCGGAAUUGCUACUAUGAUGGCAGAGGGGGUUGAAACAUACAAAAUUGUCAUGGAAAGUACAGCCAAACUUUUGGUCCUACAUGGGGAAAUUCAGACCAUGAUUGUUUUAAGAGUGUUCCUUCAACUCCCAGAAAUUGAGGAAAUACCAGUUAAGCCAACAGGUAAAAUGUGGGUUUUCACAGCGCAGAUGGACUUCACCUCACUACCCUUGCAAAGAAACUGGGACAUCCGUGUUAUCCACGGGGCCAUAUCAUUGGCAAUUCACUCAGUGGAGCUCUCAGGAUUCCAGAAAUUUCUUCAGGAGAAAAAUCUGAGCUCUGAAAAAGAAGAUGGCUUCAUCAGGGCCUUCUGGCAACAGGUAUUUCUGUGUUCGUUCUCCAACUCCACAGUAGACGAGAAGGAUGGAGAAGUGUGCACUGGAGAGGAGAAGCUGGAGGCUCUUCCUGGAUCUGUUUUUGAAACAAUCACCACUGCCUAUAGCUACAGCAUUUAUAACAGUGUCUAUGCGGUAGCACAUGCUUUGCAGAACAUGCAGUCCUCCGGAGUCAAACACAGAGCAAUAGCAGUUGGUAGAAGACUGGAUCUUGGAGAACAACAGUUAUGGCAGCUCCACCACUUUUUGAGAAGAAUCUCGUUCAACAACAGUGCUGGGGAAAGGAUUUCCUUUGACCAAAAUGGGGAAUUAGAAUCCGGAUUUGACAUUGUCAACUGGGUCACAUUCCCAAACCAGUCCUUUCUUAAAGUCAAAGUUGGAAAGACUGACCCCAGCGGUCCCUCAGAUAAAAUGCUCAUCCUUCAUGAGAAUAUGAUUGUAUGGCCCUCUAUGUUCAACCAGCAGUGGCCUCUUUCUGUUUGCAAUGACAACUGUAAUCCUGGCUAUAGUAGGAGGCGAAAGGAAGGGAAGCCCUUUUGCUGCUAUGAUUGCCUUCCAUGUCCAGAAGGGAAGUUUUCAAAUGAGAAGGAUAUGAAUGAAUGUUCUCAGUGUCCUGAAGGUCAAUACCCAAACAAAGAACAGAAUGUAUGCCUUUCGAAAGAUAUAAGCUUCUUGUCUUAUGGAGAACCUUUGGGGAUCAGCUUGGCCACUGUUGCUCUUUCCUCCUCUUUCAUCACAGCUUUGGUGCUCGGGAUCUUCAUCAAGCACCAGGACACCCCAUUAGUUAAAGCUAACAACCGGGACCUCACCUACGCUCUCCUCAUCUCCCUCUUGCUCUCCUUCCUUUCUGCUUUGCUGUUCAUUGGUGAACCUCAGAAGGUGACCUGUCUCCUUCGACAAACAGCUUUUGGCAUCAUCUUCUCAGUGGCUAUUUCUUGUGUAUUAGCCAAAACUGUGAUUGUGGUUCUGGCUUUCAUGGCCACGAAGCCAGGAUCCAGAAUGAGGAGAUUUGUAGGGAAAAAGCUGUCCAAUUUCAUUGUCUUUGUGUGUUCCCUUUUACAAGCUGCUAUCUGUACUGUGUGGUUGGCAACAUCUCCCCCCUUCCCAGCUUUGGACAUGAACUCAAUGACUGAUAAAAUUCUUAUUGAGUGUAAUGAAGGGUCAGUCACCAUGUUUUACUGUGUCCUGAGCUUCCUGGGCUUCCUGGCCACCAUCAGCUUCACCGUGGCUUUCUUUGCCAGGAAAUUACCCGACAGUUUCAACGAAGCCAAGUUCAUCACCUUCAGCAUGUUGGUCUUUUGCAGUGUUUGGGUGUCCUUCGUUCCCACUUACUUGAGCACCAAGGGCAAAUCCAUGGUGGCCGUGGAGAUCUUCUCUAUCUUAGCCUCCAGUGCUGGCUUACUGGGCUGCAUCUUUUCCCCAAAAUGCUACAUCAUUUUACUAAGAUCUGAGAUGAAUAAAAGAGGAUAUCUAAUGAAAAAGGAAUAA